AUGGAUUUUAAGACACCUCUCUUUCUCUUGUUUGUUCUUGGCUCAACUUCCCAAACUCUCAAAUUCGAUAUCGGCGGAACCGCUGGAUGGUCUCUAAAGCCUUCCGAGAAUUACAACGAAUGGUCAGGGAGAAACAGUUUCCAAGUCAACGACGUUCUAGUUUUCAAGUACAAGAAGGGUUCAGACUCGGUGUUGGAAGUGACAAAAGAAGCUUAUGAUAAAUGCAACAAAACAAACCCAAUCAAAAAGUUGGAAGAUGGUAACACAGAGUUUACUUUGGAUCGAUCUGGACCAUUCUAUUUCAUUAUUGGAACUGAUCAAAAUUGUGAAAAGGGUCAGAAAUUAAACCUUGUUGUCAUAUCCCCACGAGGACACACACCAUCUUCUGCUGCUCCUUCACCGUCUACCACCACCCAUCUCCCUCAACCUUCUCCAUUCCCAAACCAGAAUAACAACAACCCAUUCCAUCAUCUCACUGUAACCCAACCUCCACCGUAUCCACAACCGUCUCACAACCCAUUCCGCUUCACACCUUCACCUUAA